AGAGUGAAGGGUCCUCCUCUCCUCUCCUCUCCCCUCCCUUUUCUUCUCUCCCCUCCCUGGCUCCCUCCAAUAGUCCAAUCUUUCCCUCUCCCUCCACCUCACGCAGCGGCAUUAAUGGAUUCCGCAGCCGCGGCCACCUCCCACCCCCGCAUCCUCCUCCCCGCCUCACCGAGAACCCUAACGUGACGCCCCGACCAGCGCCUCGCGCGGAUCCUCCUCCGCGGCUCCGUUUGCUCGAGGUGUUCGUAGGGGAGAGAGGUCGCUGCUUGGGGGAGCUUCCAGGGCGAGGGAGGCGCCGCCCAAUGCGGCUCGAUCCGGAUUGGUCUGCGCUGCGAUUUGGCUCGGGCAGUGCGCUGCCUCGGUGAAUCCCGCGGCGUUGACCCGUGCUGCUGCUGCUGCUGCCUCGGAAAGGUUGGAUCUUUAUGGCGUUCUUGGCUGUGUGGGUGGGCGACUCGUGGAUUCUUGGUGUGCUUUGUGUUGGACAUUACCUGCAUUCUGGUUAAAUUCGUAGAAGCUUGCUGUUAGGAUGCGGGAGUCAGCUCAUUGUUCCGGAAUCUCUUGGUUUUCCUGCCAGUUUUCCUUGUCAAAUUCGGGAUAAAGAUUAGGUUCUGGAAGCGCAGACUAGAUGUUGGUGCUAUUUUCGUUAGCUAAUCUACCUGCAUUUGGGCUAAAUGCGUUUACCUCUCUUGUAUUCUGUUUUUUUUUUGCAUUUAUAUACGAGCAGUUUUAUUUGCUGGUUUAGAUAGUGAGGAGAGAUGAAUGUGGAGAAACCUGCUUCAAAGGGGCAUGGAUUCUUUGGCCUCUUUGAUUGGGGUAAGAAAUCUAAGAAGCGGCUUUUUGUUGGAAGCACGAGCAGUUCUCCUGAUCCGAAGAAUUCUGGUGACAGUAAGGAUGUUGAUGACAGUACACCAAGUACACUGUCAAAUUCGAUCCUUGAAGAUGCGCCUAGCUUGAGAGAAAGCAGUGAGCAUAGUUGCUCAUCUUCAGUAAUUGAUGAAGAAGCUCAGGCAAGGAGGUGUCCCACUGUUGUGGCUAGGCUCAUGGGUUUGGAUUCCAUGCCUGCGGCAAGCUCAGCUGAAUCCAAUCCCAUGCCAUCAACAGUGCAACAACCCUUCCAAGCCAACAACCAUGAUGAUUUUACCGGCAGAAGUUAUGUUGGUAGCCCCCAUAAAAUGCCAGGUAGCCCUAUUGAUCGGUUUAAAAUGGAAGCACUGCCUCCAAGACUUGCCAAGAGGACACUUUCUGUUGCUCAAUAUAAGUUAUUGUCUCCCAUGAAGAACCCAAAUCAUAUAUCCAGCAGAAAUGCAGCUGAUAUAAUGGAGGCAGCAUCACGGAUCAUUAGGCCUGGUGUUGAAAACAUCAGUUCUUACGGAGUCCAUGAUGUUGGGCACGCAAAUGCUGCGCGGGCCUACAACCCAGGAGAGAUCAUAGGAGUCCAACAAAGGUCACAGAAGCUAAAUGAAGCACUGAGGAAACGUGAUGGACCUGCAUCUUUUAGGCCACCAAACGGGAAAUCUUUGGAUGGAAGAUCAAGAAGUUCAGAGGGCGCCUCAUCUUCCAGGAUCUCACAGUCAAAUGGAUGUGCUCCAGUUGGCCCAAAGGUCAAACCCAGCAAUAUAUCAUCAAAUGUUGCUCAAGCUAUCCGUGCCCGAGGAAAAGAAGGCACAAGAAAAGGCGGUAGACGGCUUGAAACUCGCAGGAACCCUGAAAAUAGCUUGGUUGAGAGAAAUGGGUUCAACCAACAAAAGGAUAAUGAUCAAAUGCGCACAACAAGUUCGUCCAGUAUGCUUGUGUCAAAUAACAGAAAGCAGAAUGCUGUGGUCACCAAACACAAGGUGAAUUCAAACCCAGCAAACCCCAGUAGACAACGGAGCAAUAUUCACCCAGUAAAUGCAUCUGCCAGAAAGGUCGGGGUAGCCGGCACAUUUGCUGGAACCAGUACUCAAGCUAGCAGGAAGGUGGACCAGCAGCCUACUGCUCAUGCAAAUGUAAGAAAUAAUUCCACAGCCAAAGCAAUCCCCAAGCCAAGAAGGUUACAAAACAGAAGAUUGUACUCUGAUACAAGCCAGUCAAGUGAUAGUAUUAAUUCUGACAGAAGCCAGAGGCGGAUUCGGCACAAUAUUGUGAUAGAUGAGCAAUCGUCUUUUUCAACAAACAAAAAGAAAAUCAGCACUGAGAUUGUUUCAUUCACAUUUACCUCGCCAGUUGACAAAUCAUUGCACGGCGCCCACUUCCCCAAUCAUUCAGUGGGAAAACAAUUUACAGAGAAUCUGAAUGCUGUGUCAACUUCAAGCAACACAUCAAACACUAAACUUGAUGUCAUUGAUGGUGAUUAUUUGGGACUCCUGUUGGAGCAGAAAUUGAGAGAGUUGACGUCAGGGGUGAGAUCGCCCUACUCUAAGCCAGCCAAAGGUGUUGAAGUGUAUAGCAGUUCAAUAGCUUUGGAAGAUACGGCAUCAGCAUGUGAAACAUCUAGCAUUGCUUCUACUGAUUAUGAUAGGGAGUCAUUGCAGUCUUUCAAUGAUGGAAAAGCUACUGUCCCCCAGACAGAUCUUACUACUAAAAGUGGUCAGCCAUUUCAACCAGUGAAGGAUGAUCAUGAUGCCACGGAUCGAGCAGAGUUAGAGCAUCUCCGCCUAAGUCCCCUCUCAACGUGGGAAGCUUCUAUUUCAACGGAAACCUGCAGCUCAUCAGAGAGCUGGAGGAGUGCAAAUGGAACAAGAUUAUUUGGUUCAACCGAAGGAGCAACAACUUCCGAUUCAACACACUUCAACAAAUUCCUCGAAGCAGAUGCCUCAUCAGAAUAUUCUGACACAGCCUCAUCAAUCACAGUGGCUACUGCAGAAAUCCCUCGAUCAGAAAGUAGCAGCUUAUGUCAUAUGGAUCAUAGACAGGAGGUGGAGUUUAUAAGAGAAAUACUGAAGGCUAGUUCCUCUUGUUUGGAGCGGUUUGGCGAUUCGGAUAUUCUGGAUCCACAUCUGUUGGAAGAAUUAAAUGGCAGUACUAGGUUGUUGGCUGGUGAUGAGGGCAAAGGCUGCCGAUUGAGGCGGAGGCUGCUCUUUGACUGUGUCAAUGAAUUAUUGACUGUGAAAUGCGCGUACUACUUCAAUGCUGGCUACGGCUCUUGGUUCAUCGGGAUGGCAGUCCUGCAAAACUUGUCAGCAGAAGAAAUCCAUCGAGAGAUGACCAGCCUGAAGGUUGCUGAGGAGUGGAUGGUGGAUGAACUUGUGUACAGAGAAAUGAGUAGUCCUCUGGGGAGCUGGGUUGAUUUCAAGAUGGAUUCAUACCAGGCUGGUGGAGACAUAGUCCCGGAGUUGUUAGGUUCCUUGAUUGAUGAAGUGGUUGCUGAUCUUCUGACUGGCUCGUUUUUAUAGCAGGCCUUGAUCCCCUCACUAACAAUACCGGUUGACAGCCACAAGGUUUUUGUUCCAUGUGACGUCUUAUACUGUAUCUGUACAUCGUAACUUGCUAGUGCAAUUGUGUAGCGUUUAUUAAGAUGAAAUGUUGCUAACUUGCCAUCGUCCAAUGACUGAUUCAUGUCUGCCAUUUGACUAUUUCAGCAGUUAUGGGGAGAAUCCACUCUUGACCUGUUAGAUGGGCAAUUUGAGCAGUUACGGGGAGAAAUAUUUAUUUGGUUCAUUUUGUGUAGAUACUGACUAGGUGUUGGUCAAAUACUCAAAUGGUGCAAAAAAAA